CACACCUAUUUCUUCUUACUUAGGCCUAUCAUGGCGCCAUCCCAAAACGUCUUCUUCUCCUCUUCCUAGAAUUUAUAAAAAAUAAAAAGAAGGAAAAAACCAGAAAAGAAAAAAUAAAAAAUACCCAAACUGUCCCUUUCUCAUCGCCUCUUCGUGUCCGACACGCCUUAUUUAAUUUCUCCCCCUUUUACCCUCUCAUCGUUUUUAUCCUCUCUCUCUCUCUCUCUCUCUCUCUCUCUCUCUCUAAACUAGGGUUUCUGGGGCUCGUUGAGGCGAUCUGGAUUCCACGUUUAUGUGUUAGGGUUCGCGAUCUUCGCCCGGAUUUCGAUCGCUGUUUCGUGUCGGAUUUGGUGGAAUCUGCUGCAGCUUCAAUAUUAUGCUGGAAUUUUCUUGUCGGAUCUGUGGGCCAUCUAUUUUGCAACUAAUACGUGGUCAAUAUUUUCAUACAUCAAUUCGUUUUUGUACUCAUCUAUUGAAGGUUUGUUUGCGGGGUUGAGAUGCAGAAGCCAGGGCAUCUUUCCUUAAAUGUCAAAUCCUUGAGAAUGCUGCCGCAACAGCCUCUUCGCCGUUUGGGCAGCAGAUGUUCCCAAAUAGCAACUGGGCAGCACUCUUCUCCAACUGUAUUCCCUGAAAAACGUGGCAAAGUAAAAUCUUCGAGGCAAAAUGAGGUCAAUGUCACCAGUGAAGAUCCAGAAAAAGUAAAGGCGCAGGAGCACAGGAUUGACAUAGGAGAUGAGCAGUCUGAUUUGCUGGGAGAUGAAGUUUUUGUUGGGAAGCUGGUUCUGGAUAAGAGGACCACCAGUACAAAAGCUGAUGUACAAACUAUAACAGAAACUAAAAAUCAGGAAGGGGUUGAUGCAAAGCUUACAAGGAAGGCAUUAGUUUGGGGGUCUCAUAUGCUGUAUCUUGAUGAUGUGAUUGCUUUGUCUUACAAUGCUGGUCUCCGAUAUUUUACCGUUCAUGCAUACCCCUUGAGAAGGAGAUCAUGUGGCCUCUCGUGUUUUCUAAAGCCUCAAAGAAGUCAAAAGGAUUUCCGCUUCUUGGCUUCUAGUUCAGAGGAAGCUCUUCAAUGGGUCAGUGGCUUUGCAGAUCAGCAAUGCUUUGUGAAUUGUCUACCACAUCCUUUGGUGUCUUCCAAGAAGCAGGGUUCAAACAUGAUCAAAAGUGAUUUUCCACCUGAACAACAUAUAAAAUGUAAAAGUCCACCAACAAUUCUUGUCAUACUUAAUCCACGUUCUGGGCAUGGUCGCUCGAGCAAAGUUUUUCAUGGCAAAGUGGAACCAAUAUUUAAGCUUGCAGGGUUCAAGAUGGAAGUAGUUAAAACAACAUCUGCUGGUCAUGCAAAAAGCCUUGCUUCUAAUGUUGAUUUCAGUACAUGCCCAGAUGGAAUUAUAUGUGUUGGGGGUGAUGGAAUUGUAAAUGAGGUGCUAAAUGGUCUACUUAGUAGAAAUGAUCAGAAAGAAGCAAUUUCAAUUCCAAUUGGCAUAAUCCCUGCUGGUUCCGAUAAUUCUCUUGUUUGGACAGUUCUGGGAGUUAGAGAUCCCGUUUCGGCUGCAAUAGCUAUUGUUAAGGGGGGCCUUACAGCAACAGAUGUUUUGGCUGUAGAGUGGAUCCAGACUGGUGGUAUUCACUUUGGGUUGACAGUAUCAUAUUUUGGUUUUGUUAGUGAUGUGCUGGAGCUUUCCGAGAAAUAUCAGAAGCGUUUCGGUCCUCUUCGAUAUUUUGUGGCUGGUUUUUUCAAAUUCUUAUGCUUGCCCAAGUAUAGCUUUGAAGUGGAAUAUCUUCCUGUGGAAAAGGCAGCAUCAGACCCUGAAGGAAAGGGUCUGAAGGAUCAUGGAAUCACUGAGAUGUCAGACCUUUAUCUGGACAUUAUGAGGAGAUCAAACAAUGAUGGUAUCCCGAGGGCAUCGAGCUUAUCAAGCAUUGACUCAAUCAUGACCCCUAGCAGAAUGUCUGGAGAUUUAGACACAACUGGCAGCACACAUGCUAGCACUGAGCCAUCUGAGUAUGUUCGUGGUCUCGAUCCUAAGACGAAACGCCUAUCCUCUGGGAGAAGCAAUGCAGUGGCAGAGCCGGAAGAAGUUAUUCAUCCUCAACUGCCUCUCUCAGCCACCCCCAACUGGCCGAGGACCAGAUCAAGGUCGAGGACAGAUAAAGGUUGGACUGGCUUGACAGCUACAAAUGACUCCAGAUGUUCUUGGGGAAACACAGCAAUGAAUGACAAAGAGGAUAUUUCAUCAACAAUGUCCGAUCCAGGUCCGAUAUGGGAUGCUGAACCCAAGUGGGAUACUGAGCCUCACUGGGGCGAUGAGAAUCCCAUUGAGCUGCCAGGGCCACCACCGAAUGAUGCAGAAGAUGUGGGUGUAAUGAAGGAGGUUGCUCCAAAGUAUGAAGAGAAAUGGAUUACCCGGAAAGGACAGUUUCUUGGUGUCUUGGUAUGCAACCAUUCAUGCAAGACUGUUCAGAGUGCUCAGGUGGUUGCACCAAAAGCUGAGCAUGAUGACAACACUUUGGACUUGUUGCUGGUUCAUGGAAGUGGACGGAUGAGAUUAUUAAGAUUUUUCUUGCGCCUGCAGUUAGGUCGACACCUUUCUCUGCCCUAUGUUGAAUAUGUCAAGGUAAAGUCAGUGAAAAUUAAGCCCGAUAAAAGCAUUCACAAGGGGUGCGGCAUCGAUGGAGAACUCCUCACUGUCAAUGGGCAAGUAACAUGUCAUUUGCUUCCCGAGCAGUGCAGACUAAUCGGUCGCUCUGCCAGAGAUCGUGUAUAGACAUUAUGCAGCCCCAAAGUUCUCCGUGCUUCUCUUCUGUGGUGCUCUGUUUUCACUUCUAACAACCGACUAAGCUGUGGUAGUGGAAUACUCAGAGCACCAGCAUUUCGAAACCUGUCAACCCCCCUUUUGUUUUUGAGGUCCCUGUAAAUUUAUGCGAUCCCGCAUCAUCUUGAGUGAUUCUUUUUUUUCUUUUUCUUGUUGUUUGUCGCAAUCUGCCCUGAUUUGUAGUGAGAUUUCUGGGAUUUUUUUGGAAUUGUUUUGUUAGAUUACAAUUUGUAUUGUAAAGCAUUCUGUUGGUAUUUGAUGUCAUCUCUCAUGUAUUCUUUGUAUUAUUUACUCGUAGAAUUUGUUCUGGCA